GGCAGUGUCUGGAUUCUGUAACAGGGCAAAGCAGCUUUGCAGCUGCUGCUCCUAAAUAAUGGGUUCUUCGAAGAAAAAGAAAGAGGAAGAGAAGAAGAAAACCAAUGAAACCAAACCUAAAGUCAAAACACCGGAGAAGAAGAAGAAGAAGGAGGAGGCCAACACCAAGACCACACCGAAGACAACUCCAAAGAAACAUAAUAGUAUCAACAAGAUCAGCAAUGGUGUCGUAAGCGACUCCGAGGAUGUUGCGACACCGAUAUCAAGCAAUGAAUCGCAACAAGAACAACCCCAGAAGAAGAGAAGUCUGGAGCCCAGUAAAAAUCAGCACAGCGGCAGCAAGAAACCCAAGAAAAGCAGUAAAAAACGAGAGCUUGACGAUGAGGAAGAGAAAGAGGACACGAAAGAUUCUGUCUUUCCCAUGAGUAGGAUUAAAAGGAUUAUGAAAACUCAAGGUUUCGAUUCUGCAUUAACUGGGGAUGCUGUUUUUCUCGUUAACAAAGCUACGGAGAAGUUUCUUGAGCAGUUUAGUGAAGAUGCAUAUGCAUGUUGUGUUAAGGAUCGUAAAAAGUCUGUUGCUUACAAGCACUUAGCAUCAGUCGUUUCUAAACAAACGAGAUAUGAUUUUCUCUCAGAUUUUGUUCCUGAGAAAAUAAAAGCUGAGGAUGCCUUGUCAGAGAGGAAAUUAGCUGAGAUAGGGGAAGGAUAGGACCUAGGAAACACGCUAAUGGAGAUGACAAUCCUAACUCUUACCUCAUCUGAGCUGCUUAGACAGUGAAGCUCUAGGCUUGAUUUUGUUUUUGUCCAUAGAAGGAGUAUGCUAUAGUAAAAUGGUGUUGACUAUUCAGCAACUGAAGAUUGGAACCAUGCAUAAUUGUUAACUCUGAUAAUGCAUACAGGAACAUUGGUGCGUCCUCCAUUAAUGCCUUGUGAUUUAACUGUUACUAUAGUUGACGAAAUUAAAUUAUUUAUCAGGAUGGGUAGGUCUAAGUAAUUAUGUCCACUUCAUUUAUGACCACUUCUCACUUUGUAGUUAUUUUUCCUUGUCUUUCAAAUGCUUAAUUUCAG